GGCAGUAUAUAAGGUUUAUAUGAUGCAUUUGAGACUGAUUUAGCAGAACUGUAGCAGUAUUGCAUAUCUUUACUUAUAUUCUGAAGUCUGCAUCAGUAGUCAUCAUGACCAGCUCACCUGAAAUUUUGGAUUGGGGUGAUGGAUCAGAUGAAAAUGGUCUUGAGAACAGUGGGAUCUUUCUGAAACAAUGGGAAGCACAGGUUCGGCCUUACAUUGAGAUGAUUGACUUCAUGAGGAAAAUUGGCAUUGAGAAGGAGCUUGCGCUGCCCUCCAUUGCCGUGGUGGGAGACCAGAGCUCGGGGAAAAGCUCUGUUUUAGAGGCUUUAUCGGGAGUGGCUUUACCACGUGGAAGUGGUAUCGUCACUCGCUGUCCAUUGGAGCUUAAACUUCGAAAGGUAACUAUUGGAACAGAAUGGACAGCUGUAAUUUCCUACAAAGAAGUCCGAGAGACGUUUCAUGAUCCCAAACAAGUUGAGGGUUUUGUCAGAAAGGCCCAGAAUAUGCUUGCUGGAGAUGGAGUAGGAAUCUGUGAUGAUCUCAUCAGUUUAGAGAUUGCAUCACCUGACGUGUGUGACCUCACACUAAUCGAUCUACCUGGGAUAACAAGAGUACCUGUGCAAGGUCAACCUGAAGACAUUGGAGACCAGAUUAGGCGCCUGAUAUUAAAAUUCAUCGAGAAGAAAGAAACCAUCAAUUUGGUUGUCGUUCCCUGCAAUGUUGACGUUGCAACCACAGAGGCUCUUAGAAUGGCACAGGGUGUGGAUACAAAUGGCUCAAGGACUUUAGCAAUAUUAACAAAGCCGGACCUGAUAGAUAAAGGAGCGGAGGAGGAUGUUUUACAAGUUCUACAGGGUAAAGUCGUACCACUUAAAAAGGGCUACACCAUCGUCAGAUGUAGAGGUCAAAGCGACAUCAACGAAAAUGUUUCUUUGGCCGAAGCAACAAAACAAGAGACAGAGUUUUUUGCAAACCACCCACACUUCAGUUAUCUUCUUGAUGAACAAAGAGCCACAACAAGCUGUCUCGCAACCAGACUCACUAAAGAACUAGUUGAACACAUCAAGGCUUCCCUUCCAUCUUUAAGUGAGCAAAUUCAUUUCAACUUGAGUUCUUUGAGGGUUGAAUUAAAAAGUUAUGAUGACGGUCCUCCUUUAGAACCAGAGAAAAUGGGACCGUAUCUUAGUAAGAAAAUCUUGGAGUUCAGUGACCAGAUAAGCGAGUUGUGUAGAACGGGAGAAUCAAGCAGUGGAAAUCUUUACUCGCUCCUUCGACCGGUGUUCAAGAAUUGGGAAUCCCUUCUGAGUGACUCCAAAGCAUUGUUCCGAGAGUCAGUAAUGGAGAUGAUAGAGAAAUAUGAUGAAGCCCAUCGUGGGAGAGAGCUAGUGACCUUCAGCGACUACUGUGUGUAUGAAUCUCUGGUGAAGAAACAUGUUGGAAACCUUAAACAACCGGCUCUGGAUACACUGAGACUCAUUCGAGGUAUUGUACAGAAGGAGUUUAAGGUUAUGUGUGAGGUGUCCUUCCCAAACUACCCUCAUUUGAAACACAUAAUAUUGAACCAGAUUGAUGACAUUCAGUCAAAGCAGGAAACCAAAGUGGAGAAGAGGAUCUAUGAAUACAUUAAGAUGGAGAAACUUGUGUACACACAGGAUCCUAUUUUUACCCAAAAAGUUGUGGAUUUUAAGUUUGUGGAAAGAAGACAAGAAUAUGAAUCCAUCUGUUUAGAUACGGGCGAAGAUGCAACCUCACCCAAAAACUGUGCUGUUUUUGACACCAGAAAACUGACACCCGAAAAACUUAUCAUCUACUAUGAGAUUGUGUAUCAGCGUCUGGCCGACUACAUUCCUAUGGUGAUCCUGCUGUUUAUACUGAAAGAAGCUGCUGUGAUGUUGCGAGCUCAAGCCAUGGACCUGCGAGAUGGAGCUGAUGUUGUGAAGCUGCUGGUGGAGGAUUCAGAUGCUGGGAGACGGAGAACAGACUUAUAUCAGCGUAUGGAGCGACUGCGUCUGGCACAAGAAAGGAUCAGUGUGUACCUUUGAGACAGAACUUCAUAAAGCUUUAAAAGAGAGCUGUCAUUUUACAUUGGACUUGAAUGUCCUUGCUCUUAAUCACUGAAAGUAAAAAGCUUCUUAAAUAAUUUUUUAAUAAAUAUGCAUUAAAUACUUAAGUGAAUAUUAAAGAGAACAUGAAAAUAUGUACGUUACUUAAAUGUGUUCUUGUUUGAGCUCUUGUUUUUUAUGUAAAUGUCGUUUUACCAGCUAAAAUCUAUAACCAAUCAGAGGUAUGUGUACCUCAGUAUUUUUGUAGAUUAACAGGAUCCAAUAAUCUGAUUAUAUUUAUUAAAAUUAUUAAAUGGAUGCUGCAUUAUUGUGAGAAUUAAAGACCUCCCUUCACCGACCACUAACCCUAUCCAAUAAA